AUGAGCGAAUACAAACAGGAGCAGCCGAUAUCGCCAUACAUGGCAAUGUUCGAGGAGUUCCGGAAAGAGCUGGAUGAGCAUCAUGACCGCCGAGAAAGGAUCGUUAAGGCUUCUCGUGACAUCACUGCUGCUAGCAAGAAAAUAAUUUUCACUUUACAAAGAGUGCGGAAAUUAGGAGUGCCGCUGCCUCCAUAUGUGAACAAGAGCAACGAGGAGUACUGGAAAACCAUCGAGACACGCUUCCGAGAAAUCGCUCCCGAUGUACAAAAUGUCAAUGCUUACCGUUAUCCCCAGCUGACAUGGGGGAAUCAAGAGUUCAUGGAAGCGCUCAGCUUCCAACACUACCUCGAAACCCAAACACUCAUUUCGUACGAGCAGGCUAAGUCUCGUGUCGCCGCUCUUUGCGGCGAUGGCCCUACAGUACCGCUCACAAUUGAAGACUACGUACUGGGCAUUUACGACAUGAUUGGCGAGUUGAUGAGGUUUUCCAUCACCGCUAUGGCUCUGAACGGAAACCUCCCUGCAGGUGAACCUCGCAAAGCUCCCGCCGGCGAAGACUCCCCUAUGAUCAACGGAGAAGAGACAGCUGCGGCGCCAGAAGAACCGAGGAAUGUACUCACGGACAUGAGACAUAUAGAGCAGGAACUCGAAUUCUUCCAUCCAGGUCCUGGGACGCCGUUCGAGAAAGACGUCAACGGUAAAGCGAAGGUUAUGCAUCAAUGUAUCGGGAAAGUCGAGCUGGCAAACUAUAGUUUGACCGUUAGGGGGAAGGAGAGGCCAAAGGGUUGGAGGCCGGACCUGGCUGAGAGGCCGAAAGAGGAAGACACACGGGCAGAGGUGGAGACCUUCUGA